AGGAGCUGACUGAACAGGAAGCUUCCACCGCCGAGUCUUCAGAUUUGACCGCGGAGCCUGCUGCCCGGAGCAGGCGCCGCCACCCGCCACCCAGCGCGGCCUGACGCCCGAGCUCCGAGAUGCCGCGUGGGGCCACGCCCAGCUGCCGUCUCCUCCUGCUCUUCCUGGUGGGGCAGCUUCUCCUAGGAUCUGCCCUGUCCCAGGAAUGCACCAAGUACAAGGUCAACUCCUGCCAGGAUUGUAUCCAGCUGGGGCCUGGCUGUGCCUGGUGCCAGAAGCUGAACUUCACAGACCAAGGGGAGCCUGACUCCACCCGCUGUGACACCCGGGAGCAGCUGCAGAAGAAGGGCUGUGAGGCGGACAACAUCCUGGACCCCAGGAGCUUUGCCAUGCCCCAGAAAGACCCGCAGAGGGGCAGCACACAGCUGUCCCCACAGCACGUGACCCUUCACCUGCGGCCAGGUCAGGAGGCUGCAUUCAAUGUGACUUUCCGGCGGGCGGAGGGCUACCCCAUUGACCUGUACUACCUCAUGGACCUCUCCUACUCCAUGCUGGACGAUCUCAUCAACGUCAAGAAGCUGGGGGGUGACCUGCUCCGCGCGCUGAACGAGAUCACCAAGUCUGGCCGCGUGGGCUUUGGGUCCUUCGUGGAUAAGACAGUGCUGCCGUUUGUCAACACACACCCUGAGAAGCUGAAGAACCCGUGUCCCAACAAGGAGAAGGGGUGCCAGGCCCCGUUUGCCUUCCGGCACGUGCUGAAGCUCACCGACAACUCCAACCAGUUCCAGACAGAGGUUGGGAAGCAGCUGAUUUCUGGAAACCUGGACGCCCCCGAGGGUGGGCUGGAUGCCAUGAUGCAAGUGGCCGCUUGCCCGGAGGAAAUUGGCUGGCGCAAUGUCACGCGGCUGCUGGUGUAUGCCACAGAUGAUGGCUUCCACUUUGCGGGCGACGGGAAGCUGGGUGCCAUCCUGACCCCUAAUGACGGCCGCUGCCACCUGGAGAACAACAUGUACAAAAGAAGCAAUGAAUUCGACUACCCAUCGGUGGGCCAGCUGGCACACAAACUGGCAGAAAACAACAUCCAGCCCAUCUUUGCAGUGACCAAGAGGAUGGUAAAAACCUAUGAGAAACUCACCGAGAUCAUCCCCAAGUCAGCUGUCGGGGAGCUGUCUGAUGACUCCAGCAAUGUGGUGCAGCUCAUCAAAAACGCCUAUAAUAAACUGUCCUCCCGCGUCUUCCUGGACCACAGUCCCCUCCCCGACACCCUGAGGGUCACCUACGACUCUUUCUGCAGUAACGGGGCAUCUCACAUGGGCCAGCCCAGAGGAGACUGCGAUGGCGUGCAGAUCAAUGUCCCGAUCACCUUCCAGGUGAAGGUCACGGCCACCGCCUGCCUGCAGCAGCAGUCGUUUGUCAUCCGGGCCCUGGGCUUCACAGACACAGUGACCGUGCGGGUCCUCCCGCAGUGCCAGUGCCAGUGUCGGGACCAGAAGCAGGACCGCGGGCUCUGCGGGGGCAAGGGCUCGCUGGAGUGCGGCGUCUGCAGGUGUGAUGCUGGCUACAUUGGGAAGAACUGCGAGUGUCAGACACAGGGCAAGAGCAGCCAGGAGCUGGAGGGAAGCUGCCGGAAGGACAACAGCUCCCUCGUGUGCUCGGGGAUGGGGGACUGCGUCUGCGGGCAGUGUAUGUGCCACGCCAGCGACGAACCCAACAAGGAGAUCUUUGGGCGGUACUGCGAGUGUGACAACGUCAACUGUGAGCGGCACCAAGGCCAGCCCUGCGGUGGCCCGAAGAGGGGUGAGUGUUUCUGCGGCCAGUGCCAAUGCAAGCCGGGAUUCGAGGGCUCUGCCUGCCAGUGCUCGAGGUCCACCACAGGCUGCCUGAACCCACGCCGGGUGGAAUGCAGCGGCCGCGGCAGGUGCCAGUGCAACACGUGCAAGUGUGACCCUGGCUACCAGCCGCCCCUGUGCGAGGAGUGCCCGGGCUGCCCAGCGCCCUGCAGCAGCUACAUCUCCUGCGUGGAGUGCCUGAAAUUCGCCAAGGGCCCCUAUGAGAAGAACUGCAGCGCUGCGUGUGUGAACGUGAGGCUGCAGAACGCCACCAGGAAGGGCAAGUCCUGCAAGGAGCGGGACUCGGACAACUGCUGGAUCUCCUACACCAUGCAGCAGCGGGACGGGAGGGACAGCUACGACAUCUACGUGGAGGACAGCCGAGAGUGCGUGGAGGGCCCCCAAAUCGGCGCCAUUGUAGGGGGCACUGUGGCAGGCAUCGUGUUGAUCGGUGUCCUCCUGCUGGUCAUCUGGAAGGCCCUGACCCACCUGAGUGACCUCCGGGAGUACAGACGCUUCGAGAAGGAGAAGCUCAAGUCUCAGUGGAACAAUGAUAAUCCCCUUUUCAAGAGCGCCACCACAACAGUCAUGAACCCUAAGUUUGCUGAGGGCUAGAGCACAGUGAAGACGAGGCUACGGGGCAGCUUGCCAGGACCCUCAAGACCUGCCUCCUCCAUCCUGUGACCCCCCCCAAGCCCCACCUCCUCCAUCCUGUGACCCCCAAUCCCUGCCUCCUCCAUCCUGUGACCCCCCAAGCCCUGCCUCCUCCAUCCUGUGACCCUGAAUCCCUGCCUCCUCCAUCCUGUGACCCUCAAGCCCCGCCUCCUCCAUCCUAUGACCCUCAAGCCCCGCCUCCUCCAUCCUGUGACCCCCCCAAGCCCUGCCUCCUCCAUCCUGUGACCCUGAAUCCCUGCCUCCUCCAUCCUGUGACCCCCCAAUCCCUGCCUCCAUCCUGUGACCCUGAAUCCCUGCCUCCUCCAUCCUGUGACCCCCAAUCCCUGCCUCCAUCCUGUGACCCUGAAUCCCUGCCUCCUCCAUCCUGUGACCCCCCCAAGCCCCACCUCCUCCAUCCUGUGACCCCCAAUCCCUGCCUCCUCCAUCCUGUGACCCCCCCAAGCCCCGCCUCCUCCAUCCUGUGACACCCCCAAGCCCCGCCUCCUCCAUCCUGUGACCCCCCAAGCCCCGCCUCCUCCAUCCUGUGACCUUCAAGCCCCGCCUCCUCCAUCCUGUGACCCUCAAGCCCCGCCUCCUCCAUCCUGUGACCCUCAAGCCCCGCCUCCUCCAUCCUGUGACCCCCCCCAUCCCUGCCUCUAUCCUGUGACCCCGAAUCCCUGCCUCCUCCAUCCUGUGACCCUCAAGCCCCGCCUCCUCCAUCCUGUGACCCCCCCAAGCCCUGCCUCCUCCAUCCUGUGACCCCCAAUCCCUGCCUCCUCCAUCCUGUGACCCCCAAGCCUUGCCUCCUUCAUCCUGUGACCCCCCCCCAAAGCCCUGCUUCAUCCAUCCUGUGACCCCCAAGCCCUGCCUCCUCCAUCCUGUGACCCCCAAUCCCUGCCUCCUCCAUCCUGUGACCCCCCAAACCCUGCUUCAUCCAUCCUGUGACCCCCAAGCCCCACCUCCUCCAUCCUGUGACCCCCCCAAGCCCUGCUUCCUCUAUCCUGUGACCCCCAAACCCUACUUCAUCCAUCCUGCGACCCCUCAAACCCUGCUUCCUCCAUCCUGUGACCACCCAAGCCCUGCUUCCUCCAUCCUGCGACCACCCUGUUACUUGACAGGCCUGGGGAUAGUGAACCAAAACCCUCCUUGCUUCUUUCUGCCUUCAAAAUGAGGAUGGGGCCGGGUUUUAUAUAGACUCCUCUUCAGAUACAGUCUCCCCUUCUGAUCCACGCAGCUGAGAGGAUCUCCUGGACUUCGGCCUCCCUGUGCCGGUCAGAAGGCCAGUCUCCCUAAAGGCAGCGCAGGUUAUUUAUAUUUAAACUUACAGGUAUAAAGCUAUAUCCCACUGCUUAUACUGUUAAUGAAUCUUAUGUGCAUGUAUGUGCGUGUAAAAUAAAUAUUCCACACAGGAUGUCCACAGAA